UGUGUUUGUGUGUUUGUUUGAGUGUGCAUUAGCAUAACAAUGUGUACCAGAGUCACGGCUCCUGCAGCUGCAGAUUCACCUGAGCAUUCUAGCACCUGUCCAUGUUCUCCUGCCCACAUAUUUAAGCGUCUCUCUCGUGUCCUCACUGAGCUGACAUGAACAUCUUUACCAAGGUCCCAGGAUUAGCCCAACAAACCAGCAAGCUGGGGUCUGUGCUCCAACGUGCCUUCUACGGGUCCAGUGGCAGGGUGACCCUGUUUGAGCAGAGGAACUUUGCCGGCCGACGACUGGACCUGAGUUCUGACUGUGCCAGAAUUAGUGACAAGAACUUCCCUGAGAGAUGCAACUCAGUGCAGGUGGAGAGUGGAGCAUGGAUCGGCUACGAGCAUGAGAACUUCAGGGGACGUCAGUAUCUGUGGGACAUGUCUGACAGGGGAGAGUACAACUGCUACGACAAGUGGUGUGCUCAAGUCGACCAUGUGUCCUCUGUGCGUGCUAUCAAACAGGACAACAAUCCUGCCAGAGCUCAGCUGUUUGAACGAGCUGGAUACACUGGGAAAAAAAUGGAAAUACAGGAUGACAUUCCCAACAUGAUGAACCAUUACAGUCUCAACAGAGUCGCCUCCAUCCGUGUCCUGGGGGGAGCAUGGGUGGUGUACCAGGAGCCAAACUACAGGGGCCCUCACUACAUCCUCGAGAAACGUGACUACAACAAUUUCUCAGACUGGGGCAGUCAGAACAACACCAUCGGCUCCAUGCGUCGUAUCCGCUUCAACUGACCCACACCUAAAACCGACACAGUCAACACGACUGCCACCUAGCGUCACCUACUGUUUUUACCUGACAAUAAAAUGCCAUUUAAUUUAAAAUGUU